UUGACUUUGUCCCACGCGACGCCGAAGAUGCUCCAAAAUUCACGAGCUUUAUCCUAAAGAUCCGCAAUAUCGGACGUGGCAUUUCCAUCGAUCCGCUCCCCUCGCCCGCCACCCGUUCAACCAAGAAUCGUCACCCCCUUCCUUCCAUAUCGCCUCGCACGCACGAGCGCACGUUUUCACCAAACGUACGCUUUGUGGCUGUGGCGAAAACCCACCCCCCGGUAGCCAAGAGCCACCGAUCUGCUCCCUACCCACGACCAGAUUCGCCGUGCCCACGUCUUGUUCUGGGCCAGAGCCGCGAAAUUUAUUGCGUCGGAGCUGUUUCGGACAUGGUGGGUGGCGGUGGGAGUGUUUACUGGGGUGCUGAGGGGAGUGGGUUCAAAGGGAUUGUGGUGGUUUUUGCUUGGGUGUCGAUCCAGGAGAGGCAUCUGAGGAGCUACGUGGAGCUGUAUUCCUCUCUUGGGUGGAAUUCCCUCGUUUGCCAUGCCGGGUUCUUGAACGCGUUUGCUUCCGAGAAGGCAAUGUCAAUGGCAUUUUUUGUUCUCAAUGAGCUUCUCAAGGAACUACAAAUUAAGCCAUGUCCAGUAGUCUUUGCAGCUUUUUCUGCCGGUUCAAAGGCCUGUAUGAGCAAGGUUUUACAGAUCAUCGAGAGACCGUGUGAGAGUCAGCUGAAGUGGGACAAAUAUGGAUUGGUGAGAAACUGUGUUUCUGGGCACAUAUUUGAUUCCGGUCCAGUAGAUUUUAACAGUGAUUUUGGUUCUCGGUUUACUAUGCCUUCUACCAUCCUAAAAAGGCCUGUACCAGCAAAAGUCGUCUCUUGGAUAGUCAAAGGUGUUUCCUCUGGUCUAGAUUCUCUGUAUCUUACCAGAUUUGAAGCCCAGCGUGCUGAGUAUUGGCAAAACUUGCAUUCUUCAGUUUGCAUUGGAGCUCCAUAUCUCAUUGUAUGCUCAGAAGAUGACAGCCUUGCUCCUUAUCAGACGAUCCUCACCUUUGCCGAGGAUUUACGAAGUUCUGGUGCAGAUGUUAGGCUUGUGAAGCUGCAUGGCUCCACUCACAAUGGUCAUUAUAAGCAUUAUCCAAUCCAAUAUCGUGCUGCCAUAGCCAGUUUGUUCACAAAGGCAGCUUCCAUAUUUUCCCAACGAAUCCAGCAACUCGAGGAAGAAAGAACUAGAAUGGGGAGCAAGCGUGAUGAGAUCUCGGAGUUGAUAUGUGACCUCCAAAAUGCAGCAGUGAACUCCAAUCAGAGCUUAAGAAGGGUUGCCACAGGACCCAGUGACCAUUUCUUCCUGCCAAGUUCAGUGAACGACAGUUACGCAGCUUCUGGGUCGUCUGACAAUGGGCAAAAAGAGUCCUCGAAUCUUGCACAGAAUGCCCCAGAGAUCAGCGCGCACAGCAUAUUGGGCCAGAUGCUGUUCGACAUUUGUGUACCCAAGAACGUGGAGGGUUGGGACAUUAAGUUUUCUGGUUCUUUGAACGGACAACCAUAUGCUUGUGCUCGGAAGCUGUCACCAUCUCAUGAUAUCAAAUCCAUACGCAGAUCAAGAUUGUAAUGGAUGGUACUGUUAGGGGCCUCAGGCACAUUCACUGAAAAUUUUGCACGACUUUGCUGGAGAUUCUGUGAGACAACUGGCGAGAUCAUCCGCAACAGAAAGCUAGGUGCGACAUCUCGUGAAACCAAAGGUAUCGUGGAUAUAGAGGCUGAUGCUUGGUGUUUCUCUGGCAUGUAAGUGUACAGAAAAAGCAUGACAGAAUGGAUCCUACAUAGACAAGUCCAAUCCAUGUAAGAAUGAUCGUGUUCCUCAUCGACUAUAUAAGAUGCAUGUUAUAGACGAUUCUCGUCCCUAGCAAUGGGUGCUGUGGGAUCACUGCUGAUGGUUUGAAGGAGAUUCAGCUGCACUAGCGUAGAUAAGAUGUAUAGAGGUGUUGGAUGCACAUAUAAAUAAUUGUUUUCUUGUGACCAAGUAUGGCUAUGGAUUACGGUUUUUUGAGUUAUCGAGUGUGUAUCGGCUGUAUAGAGGUGUCGAUUCACAUGUGAAUAACUAUUUUCGGGUGACCGAGUAUGCCUAUGAAAUACAGUUUUUCGAGUCAUCGAGCGUGUAUCGGCCAUACAAA